GUGUUUGAUCCGUCGGCGAUUCUGGCCGCCGAGAGCGGCGCGACCGAGCAGAACGAGCCGCCGCGAACGGCAGACCCGCCGACGACGCCAGCUUUCACGCUGCCGCUCUUGCACGAACUACACCCGCUCUGCUACCAACACGGCUACCGCAAGGACCAGGACCAAGUGCGCUCCGAGCGCAGCCCCGUGCAGGUCAUCAAGUACCUCGCAAGCCUGGAUCUGCUCGUGAUCGCGGCCGGCGAUUUGAAGCUGACGUUUUGGCAGCCGAACGCGCUCUUCAUGACCGAGUCGCCCGAGCCCGUGUACGUUGCGAGCACGGAGCACCCGCAGCGUGUUCUCGAGUGGGCGCCCACGGCCUCGCGCAUCUUCUCGCUCGCGACCGACAAUGCGAUUCUGGUUUGGCGCGUGGUGGCCAAGAGCAAGAAGUCGUGCAGUGCUGUCUGCACGGACGUCCUGCGCUCGCACAAGGACAUGGUCCAGGAUCUGCUGCUCGUCAACGACGAGACGCUCGUGUCCUGCGGGAUGGACUCGCUCAUCAAAAUUUGGGAUCCGGCGAGCUUGGAGUGCAAGAGCACCCGGCGCGGCCACAAGCGCGGCGUCCGAAAGCUCGUCAAACACUCGGACUCGGUGUUCGUGAGUACGGGGUUUGAGCGAGACAUGCUCGGAUGGGACGUCUCGGGGCUGAGCAUCGCGCCCAUCUUCAAGCUCUCGGGACACACGUCGCCGAUCCUGUGCAUUCAAACGAUCCCGCAACUCGGCCAAGCCAUCAGCCUCGACGACGAAGGCAGCUACUUCAAGUGGUGGAACAUGACCAACCUCGUGUCCAUGGACGACAACGACCGGUGUCUCCAGACCUUUCGCUUUGGCAACGGCCAGUACCCGUGGAAGCCCAACGCGUUUACACUCUUUACGAACGGCGCCACGAUCCUCGCCUCGGGCUUCCAUUUGAAAUGGAUCCACCGCGUCCGGCUCAAGCCCAAGCACUAUGCAUCCAGCGCGAUCGUGUUGAACACGACCACGUUGACGCUCCUCACAACGACCGACCGCGACGUUCAGAUUUGGGACGCACAGAAAGGGACACUGUUGCAUGUGUUUCGCGGCCUCUGUCGUAGCGACAUCACGCACGUGGUCUUAGACGCCCGCGAGCGCAAAUUUGUGCUCUCUACGCUCGGCGGCGACGUGCUCGUCUUCAACUACCUCAACGGCGCGCUUCUCAAGAGCUUCCCGCGCCACUCGGGCCAAGUGUCGUGCAUGCUGUACUGCAAGGAGGACGAGGUCGUGCUCACGGCGUCCUGGGACCGGUCGCUUCGUCUCUACGACGACGACUCGAAGAAGCCCCUCCUGCGCUGCAUUGCGCAAGCCCAUCGCGCCGACAUCAAGUGCAUGGCCUACUCGUACCACCUGGGUCUCGUCGCAACCGGCAGCGCUGAUGGCUCGCUCAAAAUCUGGGAUUACGUCUACUUUCUACUGGAGCAAGCGUACAGUGAGCACAGCGUCGAGGUCAACGCGGUUGCGUUUCUAGACCCGCACCCAAUCGUACUCAGCGGCUACGAGAACGGCAUGAUCGUGCUGCACUCGGUUCGACCUGCAGCUCAUCCCACGCGUCUCUGCCAGUUUUCGAUUGACGCCGCGAGUCCCACGGCCUCUGUCGCGACCUUGAACACGCUCUACGACCCGUUUGGCGGUGACGCCGUUGCCGAAGGCAUCACGAGCGGUCGACAGCUCGUCUAUGUGGGCGACUAUAGCGGCAUGCUUCGCUGCUGGGACCUCUACCCUGUGCUGCGGCAGCACCAAAUCGCCGCCGCCGACGAGUCGCUCUUGCCGCACACGUCCAAGUCAUACAACCCACGGCGCCGCAUCGAGCGGGACGGCGACGGCACUGCCGCCACCGUCGACCGAACAACGUCGGCGCCAAUCAUACCGGCGCCGCCCGUGACGAGUGCGUGGCAAGCGCAUACGAUGGCCAUCAAGUGCGUCACGCUCGUCGAGUCGCCCGUCGCUAACCCGGCGACCAAGAAGCAGCCAAAGCUGCUCCUUGAAACCAUCGACACGGCGCCGUCCGCAUUCGUGCUGCAGCACCUCGGACCAGACAUCCCGCGCAAGCCGACGCCCAAGCCCCGUCGACGCCACGUCCCAGCCCUCGCCGCGUCGGCCUCGGCUCCGACCCUGUCCAAACCAAUCAAGCUGCGCCGGGCAUCGUCGCUUCGAUUUGAAAAGAUGUUGGCAAGUGCACCGAGCCUCGACAGCAUCAUCGGAAUGCCGCUGACCACAACUGCGGUACCGGUGGCGGGAAGUCCCGAGAAGACGCUCGCUCGCUUUGAAGCGAUGAUCGCCGACCGACCGCUUAAGGCCGCGUCGCAGAAAAAACCAGAAUCGAGUGCAUCGCGACAGGGCUCUGGCAACGUCACGCACGUCGUACUGCCUGCUGUCACCACCACCACCACCACCAGCAGCGUCAGCAGCAGUCCGCCCAAGCCUCUGAAAGCCCUCAAGUCUCCAGCGCCCGGUGUCAAGGACACGGUCGACGCGGAUCGUCGCAUCUUGCUCCAGCCGCUCUUUGGCCCGUACCCGCGCGACCACGUGCUUGAAGUGUGCCGCAUUUUCGUCCGCAUCGACGUCGACAACAGCGGAGUCAUUGAGACGAGCGAGUUUGUGGAGAAGUUGUCGCAACUCGAAGGCGACGACUGGCGCGACGCCCUGAACACGGUCUUCCGCGACCUCGACCAGGACCACAACGGCAUGCUGGACAUGCCCGAGCUCCUCAAGGCCAUGUUUCCCAGAGCGUCGACCCGCGUGCAGGACGAGAUGCUGCAGUUUGCGCGGCUCGCGGUGGCUUCCGAGCGGCACGAGAAGGCCAAGGUCCGAGAACUGAGCCCGAAGGCGCUGGCGGACAUCACAGCGCUCUUCCACCUCUUCGACGUCGACAACAGCGGCGCGAUCGAGCCGGUCGAGCUCCUCCGCGAGUUCAAAGCCAACGAACGCCGCUUCUACGACAAGCAUCCCGAGCGCAGCAUCGCCGAUCGGUGGCAGCUCGCCGACAUUGUCAAGAUCUUUCAGCAGUACGACGCGAACGCCAACGCGAGCUUAGAACUCGACGAGUUCAUUGAGCUCUUCCGCGACAGCUUUUAA